AUGUCCAAGGGCGAGACGCUCUACGUGCUCCACGAGACGGCCUCGGGCUACGCGCUCUUCGAUGUCGUCGAGCUCGACGAGGUCGCGUCGCUGUCGCCGGAGCUGCAGAAGGCCAUGGCCGACCCGUCCGCGUUCUCGCGGAUAGUCAAGCUCAAGGCGUUCCAGGCGUUCUCGUCGGCGGAGAUGGCGCUCGAGAACAUCAACGCCGUCGCGGAGCACAGCGUGCCCGACCGGCUGCGCGACUUCCUCGAGCAGUACCUGCCCGCGAUCAGCGCGAAGAAGAAGAAGAAGGCGUCCUUCAAGCUCGGCGUCGUCGAGCCGGACCUCGGCAAGGCGAUCGCCGAGGCGACGGGCUGCGAGUGCCGGAGCGACGACGUCGUGCGCGAGCUCAUCCGCGGCGCGAAGCAGCACAUGGCGUCCUUCGUGCCCGAGCUCGGCGGCGGCACGCUCGAGCAGUCGCAGCUCGGCCUCGGCCACGCGUUCUCGCGGUGCAAGGUCAAGUUCAACCCCGCGCGCGCGGACAACAUGAUCAUCCAGUCCAUCGGCCUGCUGGACACGCUCGACAAGGACAUCAACACCUUCUCCAUGCGCGUGCGCGAGUGGUACUCCUGGCACUUCCCCGAGCUCCGGGAUCUGGUGCGCGAGAACUACGCGUUCGCGCGCGCGGCGGCGUGCGUCGGCGACCGCGCGUCGUUCCUCGCGGCCUGCGAGGAGUCCUCGGCGAAGGUCGACGAGCUCGCGGCGGCCAUCUCCAUGGGCAUGGAGUGCUCCGCGGGCGACAUGGCCAACAUCAUGCACUUCACGGCCCGCAUGGUCGCGCUGGCGACCUACCGCGCCCAGCUCGGCCUCUACCUCGGCGAGAAGAUGGCCGCGGUCGCGCCGAACCUGUCGACGCUCGUCGGCGAGUCCGUCGGCGCGCGCCUCAUCUCCAAGGCCGGCAGCCUCUCGAGCCUCGCCAAGUGCCCGGCGUCGACGGUGCAGAUCCUCGGCGCGGAGAAGGCCCUCUUCCGCGCCCUCAAGAAGAAGGGCAACACGCCCAAGUACGGCCUCAUCUACCACUCGACGUUCAUCGGCCGCGCGGCGAAGAAGAACAAGGGCCGCAUCAGCCGCUACCUCGCGAACAAGUGCGCCAUCGCGAGCCGCAUCGACGCCUUCGCCGACGAGCUGACGACGAAGUACGGCGAGCAGAUGCGCGCGCAGGUCGAGGAGCGCCUCGCGUUCUUCGACACCGGCGCGACGCCCCGCCGCAACCUGGACGUCAUGACGGCCAUCGCCAAGGAGCUCAAGGCCGAGGCCGGCGACGCCAUGGACGAGGAGCCCGCCGUCGAGAAGAAGAAGAAGAAGAAGCGGAGCAAGAGCGACGCGGACGAGGACGACGGCGUCGCGCUCCUCGAGAAGCCCAAGAAGAAGAAGAAGAAGGAGAAGAGCGAGGGCGGCGAGGAGAAGAAGGAGAAGAAGAAGAAGAAGAAGUCCAAGGACUAG